CGUGGCAACAGCGUGUAAUAGACGCGUUCGAUCGUCUUUCUUUCUGCAUUUUUCCGCAUUCCUUUGUUAACAAGAUAUUAAUUCUUGGUUUACUCGUUUCCCAGAUUUGCUUUUUAAACCGGUUAAACAAGUUAUAGCAGUCCGGUAUCAGACGCUCGAGGCAACGCACGCAGGUAAAAAGGGGGAAGGUGAAAUGCAGCAGCACUGAGAUUAUCUCACUCUCCAGGCUAUCUUUAUCAUUUCGGGAACAUAUUUAUUUCAGACUUACGGGGUCGACUUGACGGUAGUGUGAUGGAGCCACAGAGUGGACUCCCCUCAACCAGCCAACAAGACCCCCUGCUCAGCCCUAAAUCACAUAUGGAUGUUCAGGGGUAUAAGUGGGUGCGCUGGCAGGUGUGGGUGUGUCGUCUGGCUGCCGUGCUGUCCUUGGGUCUCCUCCUGAUUGUGUUUCACUGGCGUCCGCGGCUUGCUGUCCUUGCCCGCUGCUGCUCCUGCCCCCUGGCUUUGGCAGAUAUUCUGCUAAUAAAAGACAGUUGUGGCCAGCAGCAUGUGGUGGAGGUCUCUACAGAGGAGAUGGAGGAGGGCAGUUUGGAGUUGUUGGGAGAGCUGGAGGACACUGAAUGGAGAGAUACAGUUCAGCUGUACAAGAAGGAGAAAACGCUGUUGCGCUACUACCUGUUUGAAGGACUGCGCUACAUCUGGCUGGACAGGAAAGGAGUUUUCUGUCGUGUUAGUGUCCUCAAUGAGGACUGGACCUGCAAGGACCUGUAUGGCUUCCAAAAGGGCCUGAGUCACCUGGAGCAGAACUUGAGGAGACACAUGUUUGGGCCCAACCUUAUUGAUGUGCCUGUGAAGCCUUGCAUGAAACUGCUGUUUGAGGAGGUCCUCAACCCAUUCUAUGUGUUCCAAUUGUUGAGCAUCACCCUGUGGAUGAUUGAUCAGUAUAUUAUUUAUGCCAUAUGUAUAUUCAUUAUCUCCAUUGUUUCCAUCAGUAUCUCACUUUAUGAGAUCCGCAAGCAAAGCAUCACACUUCGCAACAUGGCCCAGUUGGUCACAAAUGUCACAGUACGGAGAAGCUCAGGAGUGGAGGAGUGUGUGAGCUCGGUUGAGCUUGUCCCCGGCGACUGUCUAAUCAUCCCUCAGGAAGGUCUGCUGCUGCCCUGUGAUGCUGCCCUGCUGGCUGGGGAGUGUCUGGUCAACGAAAGCAUGCUCACAGGUGAAAGUGUCCCAGUGCUGAAAACCCCACUGCCGGCUGGUGAGGGGACGUACAGCUCAGAGACUGAGCGCAGACACACACUCUUCUGUGGUACCCAGCUCAUUCAGGCCAAAGGGGGAGGGCCGGGAGGCAGCGGUGCUGUUGCUGUGGUCACAAGCACUGGGUUUUUCACAGCCAAAGGUAACCUGGUCAGCUCCAUUUUGUAUCCUCAGCCAACCAACUUUCGCUUCUACCAAGAUUCUGCCAAGUUCCUGCUCAUCCUGGGUUUUGUUGCUUUUAUUGGCACCAUUUACAGCUUUGUGGUCCUCUUCAGAUCCAAUGCGACCUGGCUGGAGUUGGUGAUUAGGAGCCUGGAUAUUGUGACCAUCGCAGUGCCUCCCGCCCUGCCUGCUGCCAUCACCACUGGCACUAUCUACGCCCAGCACAGGCUGAAAAAGCAGGGUGUCUUCUGCAUCAGUCCACCACGCAUCAACAUCUGUGGCAAGGUCUCACUCUUCUGCUUUGACAAGACAGGAACUCUUACGGAGGAGGGUCUGGAUGUGUGGGGAGUGAUGGAGGGGGGACCUGCCGGUUUCUCAGAGCUGGUCCCAGAGCCCAGACUCCUUCCCCCAGGGCCCAUGCUCUCAGGCCUGGCCUGCUCUCACACUGUGACGCUGUUGCGAGGUCAGCCCCUUGGAGACCCUCUGGAGCUCAAGAUGGUCGAGUCCACUGGUUGGACCCUCCAGGAGCCAGAGGGAGAUGGAAAGGCGCUGGAUGCAGAGUUUGGAGGCCACAGAGUUUUGACUGUUAUGAGACCUCCUACUCAACGGUUCCAAGCUCAAGGAACUUCCACAAGCGAGGCGGUGGCCAUUGUUCAGAGGUUUCCCUUCUCCUCGGCCCUGCAAAGAAUGAGUGUGGUGACUGUAGCCCGCGGGGGACGCUCAGCUCUCGCUUUCAUCAAAGGCUCCCCAGAGAUGGUGGCUAGCCUCUGCCGAGCAGAAACUAUGCCGGCGCAAUUCUCCAGCAAACUGCACAACUUCUCCAGUGAAGGCCUCAGGGUUCUUGCACUCGCUUAUAAACCAUUAGAAGGGAAUACUGACUUUAGGACCAUUGAACGAGGGGAGGUAGAGAAAGACAUGCAGUUCUUGGGCUUGCUGAUGAUGAAGAACCUGGUGAAGCCAGAAAGUGCUACGGUUAUUAACAUCCUGAGACUGGCACAUCUUCGCAGCGUUAUGGUCACUGGGGACAACAUUUUAACAGCAGUCAGUGUAGCAAAAAGCUGUGGGAUGAUGGGGUCUGAUGAGAAGGUGAUAUUUGUCAAUGCAACCCCCCACACUGCCCAGUCCAUGCCCACCCUGAAGUUCAGCCUGGAAGACGGAGGGGCCACUGCUGCUCAAAGCUCCGUAGAGGUCAUCACUCGGUGCCUGUACCAGAGUGGUUUUGGCUCUCACUUGGCUAUUAAUGGAAAGUCCUUUGCUGCCCUCUGUGACCAUUUCCCUGAGUAUCUGCCAAAGGUUUUGUUGCGAGCCACAGUAUUUGCUCGCAUGACUCCUGACCAGAAAACCCAGCUGGUGAAGGAGCUGCAGAAACUGAACUACCGGGUGGGAAUGUGUGGGGACGGGGCCAAUGACUGUGGGGCCCUAAGAGCUGCUGAUGUCGGGGUUUCCCUGUCUGAAGCCGAGGCUUCAGUUGCUUCACCCUUCACUUCCAAGACUGAAAACAUCAGCUGUGUGCCAUUGCUUAUCAGAGAGGGUCGAUGUUCUCUGGUCACCUCCUUCAGUCUCUUUAGAUACAUGGCCCUGUACAGUCUCAUUCAGUUGUGCUCCGUCCUCAUCCUCUACACAGUGAAGACGAGCAUGGCUGACCUGGAGUUCCUGUUCUGUGACAUUUUUGUGGUGACUCUGCUGGCCAUCAUGAUGGGGAAAGGAGGCCCCAGUGAGGAGCUGCACCCCCGCAGACCCCCAGCCAGUCUGCUGGCACUGCCUGUCCUGGGCAGCCUCUUCAUCCACAUCUGCAUGAUCACCCUGGGCCAGCUGGCUGCGCUCUUCAUCACCACCUCACAGGACUGGUACAUUCCACUCAAUUCCACAGUGUAUGGAACAGCCAAUCUGCCCAACAUGGAGAACACCACUGUGUUUACCAUGUCAGGUUUCCAGUACAUCAUCAUGGCUGUGGUGGUCACCAAGGGCUACCCUCACAAGAAACCUCUGUACCACAAUGUGAUUUUCCUCUGUCUACUGUUCGUACUCUUUGCCCUGAUGACUUGGCUGGCGGUGUAUCCUGGGGCCUUUGUUUGCCAUUUUCUUCAACUAUAUGACAUCUCUGAUAUGAAUUUCAAAAUGCUGCUUGUUGCUGUGGCUGCUCUCAACUUACUCAUUUGUUUUCUUGUAGAGGUGCUAAUAGACUUGGGUAUCCUGAACUGUCUUCGAACGCUGCGUGGGAAGCGUCAGUCCAAGAAACAGUAUAAACGUCUCAACAUUCUUCUGUCUGAAUCCCCAUCAUGGCCGCCCCUCAAUCAAACCCUUUUCCCCACAGAUCACACAGUCAUCGGCCUGAGCUAGCAUCUACUUGCCCCUCUAUUGGACACUGUCAGUCACCCAAGCCAAACAAUGCUGUGCAUGUCUGAGCUACACCCAACUUGACCAACAAUGCAAAGUCAUGUUUACCUGUAUUAAUAAAGUAUUUUUUUUUUAUGUAA